AUUUAUACCAUCGCCACUGUCUCUCCUGCAUUAUAAAAAAGUUGCCUUGGUGUCGAAAUCCUGACCCCUACACUCAAAAAUGGACGAUAAGAAACGCGAAUACUCUCCAAACAUGCAUCCAGCUGAUGCUCGUAAUCUUCAUAGUCCAUCGUCAAUCACAAGCAGCCCAAUUAUCUCCAUUCUAGCGUAUUGUGCGGCCUCGAUUUCCAUGACAAUUAUCAACAAGUUUUGUGUCUCUGGGAAGGACUUCAACCUAAACUUCUUCUUUUUGGCUGUUCAAUCUUUGGUGUGCAUUGUCGCCAUUAUUGUAUGCAAGUCUACGGGUUUUAUAGAGAAUCUGGCCAAGUUCGACAUCGAAAAGGCGAAGACAUGGUUCCCAAUCUCUCUUCUUCUUGUCAGCAUGAUUUACACUGGAACGAAGGCGCUCCAAUUUCUCUCGGUCCCGGUCUAUACGAUCUUCAAGAACUUGUCUAUCAUUGUUAUUGCAUAUGGAGAAGUUCUUUGGUUUGGCGGCAGUGUUACUCCAGCCGCCCUUUCCUCAUUCGGUCUUAUGGUGCUUAGUUCGGUGGUCGCUGCGUGGGCUGAUAUCCAGCAUACCCUCAACAGUUUUGGUGAUGUCAAGGAUCCAGCUGCAGCAGCUGCUCUAUCAUCGCUGAAUGCUGGAUACAUGUGGGUGGGUCUGAAUGUGGUAUGCAAUUCACUGUACCUUCUGUGUAUGCGCAAGGUUAUUCGAAAGAUGAACUUUAAGGACUGGGAUACAAUGUUCUACAACAACCUUCUCACCAUCCCAGUGUUGAUCAUCUGCAGUCUCGUUGUUGAAGACUGGUCAGCGGAGAAUAUGGCCAAGAACUUCCCAGUCGCGACCCGAAACAGCUUGAUGCUUGCCAUGUUUUAUUCUGGUCUAGGCACCAUUUUCAUCUCAUACGCUUCCGCCUGGUGUAUCCGUGUGACCUCUUCGACCACAUACUCCAUGGUAGGAUCCCUCAACAAGCUACCAAUCGCUAUCUCUGGUCUUAUUUUCUUUGAUGCACCUGUAACUUUCGGCUCCGUUUCUGCCAUCUUCAUUGGCUUCGUUUCUGGCAUAAUCUACACCCGGGCCAAGGUCAGACAAUCGGCCGAUUCAAAGAUGUCUCUCCCAACGUCUCUACCAGCAAAGUCAUAGAAACUCAUAAUGUCCGGUUAUUAUAGAAGCGCAAGAGCGAGGUGGGCCUUAACUUUCGCUUUCCACCAUCCUUUACCGCUUCUCAAUAGCUGCCACAUGCUAGUCUUGAAGAGAAAGUGGUUUUAGUGGAGAAAUAACCAUUAUAUCAUAGAGCCGCGGUCUCUAAAAACAGCCUAGAUGGUCACCGUAUGCAGACUAGCCAGGGUAUAAGCAAGCCGAAGGCGUGACGAUUGUCAUUUUGCAAUGAAUGUAUAAGUAGAAACAGUGCUUGCAGAUUGUAGUCUGAAGAGGAUACAAAACAAAUUAUACAUUGCUAGGAAAAGCCACCCCUUUGAACCUUUUUGGAAGAGAACAGACGAG